AUGGGUCCCUCCAUGCGGUCAGCGCUGCCGUGUCUCGCUCGCGCGGGGAAACUGGUCCCUGUGACGCACUCGGCUUCUCAAAUUCGACAUGCGACCUUUCUCCUGUCGCAUGCUAAACGUGUACCCAUCUCGCCCCCACUGUGGCCAAGCCUCUCCAAGCGAACUGCUACAACCUCUUCUCCAACUCCCUCGGAAACCGUCCCAACAAAGCCAUACGCGGAACUGACCAUCGGUGUCCCUCUUGAAAUCUUCCCGGGGGAACGCCGUGUCGCAAUCACACCGCAGAAUGUCGCUCUGCUGUUGAAGAAGGGCGUUUCGCGCGUACUGAUACAACGUGGUGCGGGCGAAGGCGCCCAGUUGCUGGACGAUGCCUACGAAAAGGCCGGCGCGACUUUGGUCGACCGCGACGCGAUUUGGUCGCAGAGUGACAUUGUCUUGAAAGUGCGCAGUCCGCACUCAGAGGGGGCAUUCAAUGAGAUCCAAGCUCUUCGUCAAGGCUCUACGGUUAUCUCGUUCUUAUAUCCAUUGCAGAACAAGCCCCUCGUUGAAGCGCUCGCAGCUCGCGGCGUGACUGCCUUUGCUAUGGAUCGUAUUCCCCGGAUCUCUCGCGCCCAGGUCUUCGAUGCUCUUAGCUCUAUGGCUAAUAUUGCUGGUUACAAGGCUGUGCUGGAGGCUUCGAAUCAUUUCGGUCGGUUCUUGACUGGUCAGGUUACUGCCGCUGGAAAAAUUCCCCCGAGUAAGGUCCUUGUUAUUGGCGCUGGUGUGGCUGGCCUGAGUGCAAUUGCUUCUGCCCGUCGCAUGGGUGCUAUCGUCCGUGGCUUUGAUACCCGUCCCGCUGUCCGUGAACAGGUCCAGUCUCUAGGCGCUGAGUUCAUUGAGGUUGAUUUCCAAGAAGAUGGUGCUGGCCAAGGUGGCUACGCGAAGGAAAUGUCCAAGGAAUUCAUUGAUGCUGAAAUGAAGCUGUUCAUGGAGCAGGCCAAGGAAGUCGAUAUCAUUAUUACGACCGCUUUGAUCCCUGGACGACCUGCGCCGAAGCUCAUUACUAAGGAAAUGGUCGCUGCUAUGAAACCCGGUUCUGUUAUUGUUGAUCUUGCUGCUGAGGCUGGUGGUAAUUGUGAGGCUACGGUUCCUGGCAAAUUAAGCAACUACAAGGGUGUCACUAUCAUCGGCUACACGGAUCUUCCUUCUCGUCUUCCGACUCAGUCUUCGACGCUCUACUCGAACAAUAUUACCAAAUAUCUCCUCUCUAUGGCUCCCCAGGACAAGUCGUUUGGUAUUGACUUCAAGGACGAGGUCGUGCGUGGUUCUAUCGUGACUCUCAACGGCGAAAUCAUUCCUCCUGCUGCGCCACCCGCUCCCCCUCCAGCCCCGAAGCCCGAUGCUCAGGCAGGCGCAGCUAAAAAGGCUGAAGAAGUUGCCUUGACACCUUGGCAGCAGACUACCCGAGAUGUGACAAUGGUGACUGGUGGAAUGGGCACCGCUCUGGCUCUAGGAAAGGCCGCGGGCCCAGUCUUCAUGAGCAACAUGAUGACAUUCGGACUCGCUGGUCUGGUCGGAUAUCGCGCUGUGUGGGGUGUAGCUCCUGCGCUCCACUCGCCGCUGAUGAGUGUGACCAACGCGAUUUCGGGCAUGGUCGGUAUCGGUGGAUUGUUCAUCAUGGGCGGUGGCUAUGUGCCAACUACGAUUCCUGAAUAUCUCGGUGCUGCGUCAGUAUUCCUGGCCUUUGUGAAUGUUUCUGGUGGCUUUGUGAUCACUAAGCGCAUGCUUGAUAUGUUUAAGCGUCCUACUGAUCCUGCUGAAUACCCAUGGUUGUAUGCAGUCCCGGCUGUUGUGUUUGGUGGUGGUUUCAUCGCUGCUGCGAGCACUGGAAUGUCUGGUAUUGUUCAAGCCGGAUAUCUUGUCAGUACAUUGCUGUGCAUGGGCUCUAUCUCUGGUCUGGCGUCUCAGCAAACGGCCCGGCGGGGUAAUAUUUUCGGUAUUCUGGGUGUCAUCUCUGGCAUCCUGGCUUCAUUGGGUGCAGUUGGAUUCUCGGCUGAGACCUUGACGCAAUUCACUACUGUUGCCGGAACAGGUGCCAUUCUCGGAGGCUUGAUUGGCCGUCGCAUCACACCAACGGGUCUUCCCCAGACUGUCGCUGCCCUCCACUCCGUUGUUGGACUGGCCGCCGUCCUGACCAGCGCUGGAAGCGUGCUGGCUGAUAUCGCGGACAUCACAACCCUCCACCUGACCACCGCCUACCUCGGUGUACUUAUCGGCGGUGUCACAUUCACCGGCUCAAUCGUCGCCUUCUUGAAACUAGCCGGUCGUAUGUCCUCCAAGCCAACCAUCCUCCCCGGCCGACACGUCAUCAACUCAACUCUCCUCGGAACGAACAUGGCAACCAUGGGCGCAUUUAUUACAAUGGCCCCAGGAAGCCCCGCAAUCGCCGCAACAUGCCUAGGAGCAAGUACAAUCCUUAGUUUCCUGAAGGGAUACACAACAACAGCAGCAAUUGGCGGUGCCGACAUGCCCGUCGUAAUUACCGUCCUAAACGCCUAUUCUGGUUUCGCCCUUGUAGCCGAAGGCCUAAUGCUCAACAACCCCCUCUUGACCAGCGUCGGAUCCCUAAUUGGCGUCAGCGGCUCCAUCCUCUCGUACAUCAUGUGCAUCAACAUGAACAGAUCCCUGACAAACGUCCUCUUCGGCGGUAUCUCAUCGCCAGCAGCGCAGAAUCAGAAAAAGAUCGAGGGCGAAAUCACCCAGACUAGCAUCGACGAUACAGUAGAAGCCCUAUCCAGCGCCGAGAACGUUAUCAUCGUCGUCGGCUACGGAAUGGCCGUCGCCAAGGCUCAAUAUGCUCUUUCUGAGAUUGUCCGUCUGCUACGCGCGAAGGGUGUCAACGUGCGCUUCGCCAUUCACCCCGUUGCUGGCCGUAUGCCCGGUCAAUGUAAUGUGCUUCUUGCCGAGGCGUCGGUGCCUUAUGAUAUCGUCCUUGAAAUGGAAGAGAUCAACGAAGACUUCUCCGACACAGAUGUCACACUCGUCAUUGGUGCAAAUGACACCGUCAACCCCAUCGCUAUGGAGCCUGACUCGGCUAUCUCCGGUAUGCCUGUUCUCCACGCUUGGAAGAGUAAGGAGGUUAUUGUCAUGAAGCGGGGAAUGUCUAGUGGUUAUGCGGAUGUUCCAAAUCCCAUGUUCUUCAUGCCUGGUACGCGCAUGCUCUUUGGCGAUGCUAAGACAUCUUGUGAUGCCAUCAAAUCCGCCCUGGAGGCGAGGAAGUAG